CUCCCCAUUUGCAAGAAGAGCUCAGACACAAGCUGUGCUUCUGCCUGUUGCUCAUCUGGUCUUUCGUAUAUAUAUACACACACACACACACACGCAUUUGCUGCAUCUGAAUACCAGUUACUGAGUCCACAGGAAAUCUACAGCCAUGGCAGGAAAAGCCCACAGGUUGAGCACUGACGAGAGGGAGCAACUGUUGCCAAACCUGAAAGCUGUAGGGUGGAAUGAGGUGGAAGGGAGAGAUGCCAUCUUCAAAGAGUUCCAUUUCAAGGACUUCAGUCGGGCCUUUGGGUUCAUGACCAGAGUAGCUUUGCAGGCAGAAAAACUGGACCACCACCCUGAAUGGUUCAACGUUUACAGCAAGGUUCACAUUAUCCUGAGCACACACGAGUGUGCAGGCUUAUCCGAGCGGGAUAUCAAUUUGGCCAGUUUCAUAGAGCAAGUUGCAGCUUCUCUGUCUUGAACGAGGCUGGGAGUAUAUAAGCCUGAAUUGGCUAAGCAGCCACCAUCUCCUCUCUCAUUCUUAAAACUGUAGUUAGAACCAUUUGCUGGUUCCAAGCAGUUCCUGAUCCAAGCAGAAGACAAUGCUAUGCUCAGCUCCUCUUCCUCCACAGCUCAAAGUUUCAGAGGGAAUAAACUGCCCUAGCGUAAAAAUACUUUCUACUUCUCAGUUACCAGGAGGACAGUUGCCUUCUUUUUUAGUCCAGUGAGUACCAGUGUAAAAUUGGUUGACCUCGGGCACUUUUGGCAUAUCUGGCCUUUAGCAGAAGAAAGUAAUAUUAUACAACUGUCAGUGCAAGCAGCUUGAGUCUAUCGUAAUCCCAGACAGUUGUGUUGCUUCUUUGUUUACAAUUUAAUCUAAGUUGCUUCUUACUUUACAAUUAUACUGUUUUGUCUACAGUGAAGCCUAUGUCCCCUGGUCUCGUCUGUUAGCAGAUCAGUAUCUAAUGUGCAGUUUGGUUACAUUUGUAAGCUUUGUUCAAGUAGUAUUAUAGCAGGUAUGUGGGGUUACCUGGGUUGCAACUGGCCAUAUUACAGAGAUGGGAGCCAGGAAUGUCAGCUGAAAAUAUAAGUGUUUGCAAUAAAGUUCUCAUAACAUACCAGUUGUCAGUCUGAAGGGACCAUUCACUGCAUAAGUUUGACUGAACAAACUAAGUUGAAAAAACUAAGCAAGUUAUUCAUAUUUACUCUCUCCUCCUAUUCCCCAUAUAAUUCACUCCACAUGUCUCCAGGUCAUUGCAGGGGGAAGCCUUCCUGAGGCAUAAAUAACUUCUGGAGCAGUUGCAUGUGCCUCAAAGUGAAGUGCUCAAAAAAACUACAAAAAACAGGCUCCAGAGGGGGACAUCCAUGAAAUGGAGCUGGUAAAGCUAGUAGUAAUAAAUAUCUAACCAUUCUAAAUAGGGAAAGGUAGCUUUGGCUCACAGGGUUUGAAGAGUCAGUAUUCAAGAUUGUACUGUAGGUGGGAUAGGACUUUGAAAAACAGGAGAACAUGUAGAAGAGCAUAGUGCAGUGUUAAGUAAAAAGGCACUCUACCUUUAGGCCAAAGUGGGAUGAAACCAGUUUGACUCUAAGGGUAUGUCUUCACAGCAAUUAAAUCCCAUGGCUGGCCUGGCUCACCUGACUCAGGCUGCAGGGCUGCAAAACUGCUGUGCAGACAUUUGCGUUCAGGUGCUGCUGCCCAAGCUUUGGGGCCCGGUGAGUGGGGGAAGAGUCUUUUAUUCCAGCAUAGACUUCCCCUAAAACAGAGAUGGCCAAACUACGGCCCAUGGGACCGUCCUGCCUGGCCCCUGAGCUCCUGGCCGGGGAGCUAGCCCCCAGCCCCUCUCUCCCCUGCAGUCAUGCCACCGCACGGGCAGCACGGCUUACGCUCGCCCACCUCUCAGGCUUUCUAGUAAGCCUGUCCUGCCACUCUGAGUGGCAUGGUAAGGGGGCGGGGGAAAGGGGAGGGUUGGAUAAGCGGGUGGAGGCGGUCAGGAGACAGGGAGUGGGGGGGUUGGAUCCCAGGGGUGGGCAGUUAAGAACAGGUGUCUGGGGAGAACGUGGCCAGGGGACAAGGAGUGGGGGUGGUUGGAUGGGUCGCAAGUUCUGAGGCGGGCAGUCAUGGGGUGGGAAGUGGGAUGGGGUGGGGGCCAGGCUGUUUGUGGAGGUGCAGCCUGCCCUAUCUGGCCCUCCAUACUGGUUUUGAAACCCCCACUGUGACUCUCGCACCAAAAAAAAGUUUGCCCACUCCUGCCCUAGAAGGCUAUUUUGGCACUGUAGGACCGUCACCUCUCAUGGAUGCAAUAAUAUGGGUAUCUGAUGUUGUCAAGGCCAAACUACAAGACCAAAAUUCUGAAGAGGAGCUCUACAAGUGGCUGACUCAGGUCUAACCCUUAUAUUUGUCUAACGCCAGACUUCACUAUAGAAAAUCCACUGCUCCUUAAUAUAGCCUUCCUUUUAAUACUCAUAAACACCACCCGUGAAGAGCAAUGAGAGUCAAUGCCCUUAUCUCGGCAGCAGGAAGAAAAGCAGUUGCAAAGCUGUAAUUCACCAUUAAUGAACAGAAAACCACACCGAAUGCACAAGCCAGGAGCAGUGGCCUAGGCUAUGAAUCAGCGCUGAAAGGAAAAAAACAAAAAAAAAAAAAAAAGACACCUCCCUGCAAAAUCAUGGCGGGAUCAC